UGAAAGUAAACCUCAAUGUGAAAUAGUAUUAUUUUAUUUCAGUGAAAAUAAACCUCAAUAUGAAAUAGUAUCAUUUUAUUUCAGUGAAAGUAAACCUCAAUGUGAAAUAGUAUUAUUUUAUUUCAGUGAAAGUAAACCUCAAUGUGAAAUAGUAUUAUUUUAUUUCAUUGAAAAUAAACCUCAAUAUGAAAUAGUAUCAUUUUAUUUCAGUGAAAGUAAACCUCAAUGUGAAAUAGUAUUAUUUUAUUUCAUUGAUAAUAUACCUCGAUGUAAAAUAGUAAUAUUUCAUUUCAGUGAAAGUAAACCUCAAUGUGAAAUAGUAUUUUGUGGUUGGAGAG